UACAGCCAUGUCAUUUAUUUUAAGGAAAUAUAGAUAGCAUAAACAUAGAUUUUAAGUUAUUAAAAAAAUUAUAAUGCAAUAGAUGUACUGUUUCCAUAUUUGUCCAUAUUGAAUGUGCUGACCUACACCUGUGUGAACUCAACUUCAUCCACUAAAAUCACCUUGACACCAGUUGAUAUAAACCACUGAGCAAAGAUGUCUCAGGAAAGUGCUUGCUUUAAUAUUCAUCGUUCAAAUUAUAUUUUAGGGCCACUGUAGUAGCGAAUGCAUAAUAGCUGAUGUUAACUACAGAACAGAUUUGAUUUAGACUUGCAGUCUGUAUCAACAUCAGUGCAACACAAUGGCCGCAUCCCUGUUGCUUUCUAUUUCAGGUGCUGAUGCAGGCGACGCGCUGUUGCCAUAGGAACAGCAUCCCCCAGCCAUCAUUUAUUGACACGCUUCUGUACUCCUGCUCUGAUUGGUCGAGCUCCUCGCUAUGGAACCAAUCACAUCGAAGUGAAACGCAGAAGUCCCGCCCUCACGGUCAAAAGGCGUGGCUUAACGCAGUCCCCACAGCCUAUUGGACGUUCUGCGCGUCAUUCAUGAUGGAAAACACCUAUGGACUAUGUGGCGAGGCUUCAGUGCGUCUCCACCCGAGAGAAUGGCGGUCGGGGAUGCUGAAAGAUGCGGAUGCGGUAUUAAAGGCUGAAAGGGGCAAAUAAUGCGCAACAUCUUCUAUAAUGAAAUGCACCUACAUCUUUAAAGAUCUUCAAAUGUCACCUGAAUAACCCUUGGAGAGGACGUGACAUGCCUUGUAUGUUUAUAUGGUUUAGAUGUGAUCUGGACGUUUGAGAUGCCCCGGAGGAUGUUUUGCCAUGACGUCCACGCUGUGGCUGUUUGUGUGCUUUUGUUAUUUAUCUCUCUGGUGAGCGUUGCAGUAGUACAGCCAGUCAUGGCUCAGAUUCAAUGCAAGUUCCCCGUUGCAUUUGCUCGGAUCGGACGCUGGUAGCUGCUUCAGACAAAAGCGCGUUACGUCGGUUGCGGGUCGGUGCGCAAUGCGCGAAUACAAGGUGGUGGUGCUCGGCAGCGGAGGUGUCGGGAAGUCCGCGCUCACGGUGCAGUUCGUGACCGGCACCUUCAUCGAGAAGUACGACCCGACCAUCGAGGACUUCUACCGCAAGGAGAUCGAGGUGGAUUCGUCUCCGUCGGUGUUGGAGAUCUUGGACACGGCCGGUACGGAGCAGUUCGCGUCCAUGCGGGAUCUCUACAUCAAGAACGGCCAAGGGUUCAUCCUGGUCUACAGUCUGGUCAACCAGCAGAGCUUCCAAGAUAUAAAACCCAUGAGGGAUCAGAUCAUUCGGGUGAAGAGGUAUGAACGCGUGCCCGUGAUACUCGUGGGAAACAAGGUGGAUCUGGACAACGAGCGUGAAGUUUCAUCGAGUGAAGGUCAAGCUUUAGCCGAAGAAUGGGGCUGUCCUUUCAUGGAGACAUCAGCCAAGAGUAAGACCAUGGUGGACGAACUCUUCUCGGAGAUUGUCCGGCAGAUGGACUAUGCCUCCCAGCCUGACAAAGAAGAUCCUUGCUGUUCGUCAUGCAAUAUACAAUAACCCCGACGCAAUCAGGAACAUGGCUUUUCCGGGUUUCUAAAGGGGUAGAACAUUGGAUCAUCGUAUGGGAGUUUCACAUACUACGUUCACAUACACGUCACGCACACGCUAAUGGCCAAAGUAUACUUCCGUUUUUUGCGUACCACGCAAAUGUUUAAUCACAAAGCAGUCGGGCAGCCGUUGAACGCGUCCGUAUGUUCAGAGUCAAAAUAGUAUACUGAGGGCUGAGCGCUUGACCGUGUACAAUAUGGAACGGUACGCAGAAAAACGAAGUAUACCCUAGGCUUAAGGGCGCAUAUACACUAGAGUUGUAGUUUCAACUGGCUUUUGAUUCAGGAUCCAGAUUUUACAUUGGCGACCCAACACAGCACCUAAAAAAAAGUCAUUCAGAUAUGAAAUGUACUAUUAUUACCAUGACCUUUGUAGACCUAACAAAUGGAAAAUGAAUAACCUGAUAUCGGGUGAAUAGGAAAUUGUAAAACUUUCAGGUUGCUACAUUGGUUUUGGCUCUUGGUAGGCAAUAAUUUCACAAGUAUAUGUAUUUGGUCGAAUUCUUUUUACAUGCCAAGGUUUUGUUUAUGGUUUUUGAGGGUUAGGGCAUCUACCUAAUUUGAUUAGUUUCUACCAACUGAAGGAUACUGUAAGUUUUCAUUAAAAUACUUUAGAGUUGUAUUGGAAGGCCAAUGACAAUGGCCGUGCUUCCAAUCAAACGCCAUGAUAUUUUGGAGCAAAUUCAUUGGUCACUUGGUAGAAGCCAGCGAAAUAGUGAAAACUAUGUGAAUCAGGUAUCCAUUAACCAAUGAGAUUCUCAGAGAGGCGUGUCUAGUUGUGUGUUAAGAUCGAAUUAAUUGGAUUCUGGUUUGAUUUCAAAUUGACGCGGCUCAAAACGGAUCUUACUCGUUCAUAUCCGUCAAACGCUCUGUCAUUGUUUUCUCUAGUGUGUAAGUGCCCUAAUUCAACACAAUUAAAAUGUUAAAAAAUGUUAAAGGGAUAAUAAAAUGCACCGUAUGCAUGUUUUCACGUUCAACGUUUGAUGCGUUUUUGUUGGAGAUUCUGACUUGAUUGUUUUUAUAUUGCCAUUUUGUUUGCACAUAUAAAACCUGAUGUCUUAAAGGAAUAUUCGGGUUCAAUACAAGUCAUUCGACAGCAUUUGUGGCAUAACGUUGAUGACCACAACAAAAACAUUAUUUCGACUCGCGGCUCCUUUUCUGUAAAAACAUACAAUGGUGGGGUCUGUGUAGCUCAGCGGUAUUGACACUGAUUACCACCCCUGGAGUCGCGAAAUCCAGGGCGUGCAGAGUGACUCCAGCCAGGUCUCCUAAGCAACAAAAAUUUGCCCGGUUGCUAGGGAGGGUAGAGUCACAUGGGGUAACCGCCUCAUGGGUGCCAUAAUGUGGUUCGCUCUCGGU